UCAAUAUGUAAAUUUCAUAAUUGUGGACUUUCAUGGACGGCGUAAACGGACUUUUUAUCAUUGCUGGGAUUUGUGUUGUCCUUUAGGACGAUAUCGUUAUGUCGGGGAUCGGUUUGAAUUUACGAUGUUCCUACAAACUUAGUCAGGGUCAGAGGAAAUAUAUGGAAGAUGUGUAUGUGACGAAGUUUCUCGAAGAUGAGGAAGGAGAAGCCAAACUGGCCUUCUUCGCUGUGUACGACGGCCAUGGUGGUCGUCAUGCUGCUGAAUUUGCCAAGCAAAGACUGCUUCAAGAAAUCACAAGCCAGGAGUUAUUUUGGUCUCAUAAUGAUGACGAUGUUCUUAAGGCAAUAAAGAUAGGUUUCAGUGUCACACACCAGUUGAUGUGGAAGGAGUUAGAAAACUGGCCUAAAACAUGGAGUGGGCGGCCAAGCACAGCAGGCACAACAGCUAGCGUUGGUAUUAUUCGAGAUUGUAAACUGUAUAUUGGACAUGUUGGAGAUUCUGCCAUAGUUCUGGGAUCAAGAGAUGUCGAAGGUCAACCACUCGUUGCAAAGAGAUUGACAGAGGACCACAAACCAGAGUCCCCAGAAGAAAAAAAGCGGAUUGAAGAGAUGGGUGGUAAUGUAUUCAGCGGGAAGUCAGGAGUGUUGCGUGUUGUAUGGAACCGCCCCGAAAUAUCACACAAAGGCCCAAUUACAAGGAGGACACAAUUAGAAAAGAUUCCAUUCCUAGCAGUAGCUAGGUCUCUUGGCGAUCUUUGGAGUUACAAUUACUCUAGUGGGGACUACGCUGUAUCUCCGGAGCCUGAUCUUCACUGCAUGCAGCUCGACCCCAAGAAACAUGUAUGCCUAAUCCUUGGAAGUGAUGGCCUCUGGAAUAUGAUGUCUCCUCAAGAAGCUGUUCAUAUUGUGGAACAAGUUGAGACAGAGGUUGAGCAAAGGUUUUUGCAUGACCCGAAUGUGACUGAAAACUACUGGAUCAACCCAUCAACUCGACUUGUGGACACUGCACUUGCUCGAUGGCACAUGAAUAGCAUGCGUGCGGAUAAUACGACAGCCAUCACAGUUAUGAUUGAUCCCUAUGGCCCAAGGAAAAGUGAACGGUUAAUGCAACAGAGGAAGCAUCUCAUUGCAACAAGGAAGAAGAAAAAGGAGGAAAAGGUUUUCCCAAGUCGUGUAGAACCAGUUUUAUCGAAGUUAGACAGAGGAUUACCAUUUGUUGAUCCCUUGGAAUCACUUCCAACAUUCGAUGAGGUUGAUGGACCAGCACCACCUGUAGUGAAUCCUGAAUCACAACCAAGUUCUAGUAACCAAAGUGCUGGAAGUUCUCCGCGUAGUAAACCUUAUGCGUUGACUAGAGUAAGCAAUAUGUCCCCAAACCCUGUGGUAGAGAAUACCUCUGCACCUCCUGUUGCCUCAAUGCCAGUGCCAAGUGGCUCCCCACACAACUUGCGAAAUAAAUCUCUGAAAUCUGUAUCUAUAGACACCAGUGCAUCUUCGGCGCAAUCGCUAAGCUCCAGCAAACUUAGUAAAAACAAUGCUGGAAAGCCUAACAAUGACACUCUUGUGAAAACAAACACUGAUUCAAAAAAACCAUCAGCGGUUAGUUCACCUUCACAAAAAGUGUCCCCUGAUACAAAACUGUUACGGAAUCACACCAAGUCACCGAAAGUGGAAGGCCGUUCUGCAAGACAGAAUAGUAACAGGACAAGUAUGAGUUACACAUGUGAGAACUCUGUCAAAUCCCUAAGUUCACCACCGAUUGUUGCUUGUAAAACUAUCGACGGAGACGAGCCGUUGACACCUCGUCGAAUGACCCGUGGUCUUCUCAAGGACAAUGCCAAUCAUGUUGUUCCAGCAGUUCCUGUGGUGCACGAAGUGAGAGAUAUUGGACAGAAAGAACAAAGUCCUAAACCGGUGCCAAGAGUCACGAGGCAGACACCAUCAAGGACAAGGUUCACCAACAUCAAGAGAAAGAUUGCCGAUACCCCUAGCCCGAAUUUACGCCGAAAGAGAAUGAAAGUAAAUGUAAAAUAACAUACAUUGCAUUUGUAGUUUAAAUUGACAAUGUUGACAUGAAUGUGUGUGAUUGUGGUCAUAACCUUUAUAUUAAUGCAUGCAGGAACUUGAGUUGAAGUUUACUAAGAUGAAUACACUGGUUAUGUGCAUUUCGUUUGUGAGGUCAAAUGACAGUGCAUGCAGUGCCAUGGAGGAAGGUUUUUAAAAAUAAAGUCGUAGUGUCAUUUACAAGAUUUUAUAAGGUAGCAUUGGUGUACAUGUAAAUAUGAAUGUUAGAUUUUGGAGCAGGUUUUCUUGGUUAUAAAACAGCUUAUACAUGUAUUUCUCUACCAACCUACUUUUCAGAAUGGUUCAACUGUCGGCUUUGGAGAAGCUGUUGGACACUUACAAUGUUCUUUUUAUUUAUUUAAAGCUGGUUUAAUUGUAAAAUAGUAUGUUUCGACAAAUUUCUUAUGUGAUAAAUGAAAUAAAGGUUGUUUCAAAUUCAAAGAAUGGCUCAGAAAAACAGAGAAAGUUUGCUUCAUGGUGAUAACCAAACAUUCCAGUUCAACUCUUCGCAUGGCCUCCAUCCUAUGAUUUGGUUUAUGACUUGAUUCAGCAAAGAUAUUCUCUUUGUAAUUGUAAUUGUACAUGUUCAUUGUGGUAAUACUAUUAAUAGUCUAAUAUAACCUGAGCUGUGAGACCAGACAUUAAUUUCAGGGAUGUGAAACUUGUUUUCUACAUUAUCGUGCAUGCAUAUAUGUACCGGGAGUGGAAAUGAUCUGAGAUAUUGAACUGAACUUGUUGAUCUUCACAGACAAAAACGUGUCUGCACUCAGCUUGACAAUGUACGGUAACCUAUAGGUUGUCUCCUCAUGAGUGAUAUGGCCACUUGCCCAGUAUGGGCAAAUUGUGUCACGUAUCAAGAAGUUGCGGUCUCUUGGGCUUCCUGCCUAAAGGCCAAUCACUCGGUGAUUUUGCUAUCACAUUUACAGGUAUAACAAUAGACUCAAGAAUUUCUCCUCGUCCACAGGGCAACCAACUACUUUAUUGUGAAGUAACCCUCUGUCUGAUAAUUUGGUCGGGGCAAUAGGACAAGUAAGAAAAUCAAACCCUGCGAGAUCUUUGACUUUCACCACCAGACUACUGGUAAAAAUCUUGUGUUCAUGUACAUCUAUAAUAUUCAUUAUUUAUUUCACUUGUACAUUUUAUUGUAAAUUGUAAUUAUGAUUCAUGAUUUUUAAUUUUAUGCCUAUAAAUUAUUGCACAUUGAUAUUUUUAAGGGUUUGAGACCCUAUCUGUAUCUUGCUUUUGUACCGUUCUAAUUUUAUACUUAGAUAAGCCAUCAAUGCUUAUUUCAAUCGAGGAAGGCAUGUGACUCCACAGCCAGAGUACACUUACUGUUUGCUGAACUAUAAUUGGUUACUCUCCACUCAAAAAGAAAUUGUGCAUACCUGAAUUCAAUGGAAUUGGGCUUCUGGUGCUGAUUGAAUUUGAAGGCAUUUGCAUUCUUUGGCUACGUAAAAAUACACGGAUUUGCUGUAAAAAUUGAAAGUGAAUAGAACCCUUAAGAUCAUCAACCAGCAACGUUUGAGAGGAGGGCCUCCGUGAAAUAUUUUUUAGUAUAUCAGUUUGUCUUCACCGGGUGCCUUUCCUUUAGUUCUAUUCUAUCCAACAGUCUCCAUGCAUCAGACUCUGUAUACUAUUGUUCUCUGUAUAUAAUUAGUUAGUUUGUAGGAAAAGUGAUGUGCUUUACAAGCCUGAACUUACCUGCAGUAUGUCUGAUUUGAUUUAUGAACACUUCUCGGCAAGAUCCUUGGUCAAUUUAUGACAACUUCGUCAAUACCAGUAUGUUACUAUGUGCAAUCUGGGGUACCAUUCUUCAGAUCUAUGUUCAUAUAUUUUAUGUUAAAAACACAUGUUCAGUGUUGGUCGAGUGAUAAAUUUACUGAAAACCACUAAUACAAGAUUUCGUGAGCUUUCUUUUUAGGUCUAUGGUAUAUUUUGAAAUGCUCACUGUUGUUGGUCUUGUAUCCUCCAAUACAGAUUUUGCUUUUUAAAACAUGAUUAUCCAUAACCCCAACUGUAAUCAAAACUCCUCCACUUUUCGGGACAAACUAUUGACCUUCUUGGGUGACCAUCUUGGGUGACCAGCUGAGUCUUUCACUCGUCUAGUCCAAGUACAAUUACUCCAUGAACCGCUUCUAUAACUUAAGCCAUGUAGUUGUCAUGUCCAUGUAUGAAUGUGCUGCAUGGGUUGUAAUGUAUUAGUUGUGUAAACGUAUUAACUAUCACAACAUGCUUUGUUGGAAAGCUAUUUAAAAUAAAAUGUAAA